AUGGCGUCGCUCCCCGCCGCCGCGCCCUCUCUCUCCCGCGCGCCCGCGCUCGCGCCGCGCGCCGCCGCGCCGGCGUCCUCCUCCUCGCGACGCGCGGCGGCGCGGCGUCGCGCCGUCGCGCGCGCGGCCGCGCCGUCCCCAGAUCUCGCGACCGACGCGACGACGACGACGACGACGACGACGCGUCGCGACGCCGCGAAGCGCGCGCUGCGAUACGCCACGGAGGGCACCUACCGCGGCGCGCUCGCGUCCACGUCCGACCGCGCGGCCGUGGAGGAAGCGCAGGUGGCGCUCGAGGCGUUCGCCGCGGGGACGCCGCUGGACCGCGCCGUCCUCGCGGGACGAUGGCGGCUGCUGUACACGACCGCGAGCGACGUCCUGUCGGUGAUUCGACUGGGGAGAGACGUCGGCGUCGUCGACGUCGGCGACGUCUUCCAGAGCUUCGACGACGCCGGGAAGAUCCAGAACGAGAUCCGGCUGAGCGUUCCGUUCCUGCUCGCGCCCGCGACGCGAGGCAAACCGGGGGGGGUCUCGCUGAAGGUGGACGCGGACUACCGCGUCGUCGGCGAUCGCACGCUGAGCCUGGUCUUCAACGAGGCCAAGGUGAGCGAAGUGCGGAUAUCGGACGCGGUGGAGGCGGCGCUCGCGCCCGCGCUGCUGCCGCGCGGGUCGCUGAAUCGGCAGGUCUUGCUCGCGAUCCGGGAGUUCGAGCUCAAGUUUCCGCUGCGUUCGGCGCUGAGCUCGAUGGGGGGCGGCGGGGGAAGCGACGGCGACGGCGACGGCGACGGCGCCGUGGGGGGGGGAAACGACGACGCCGAGACGCGCGACGCGUCGGCGGCGCGCGGCGGAGGCGGAGGCGGCGCGCCCGUCGGCGCCUACCUGAUAUCCUACGUCGACGAGGACACGCUCGUGGGGAGGGCGAACGGGACGGGGACGUUCAUAUUCCAGCGCGAGGGCGACUUCGAGGCGGCGUAG